UUAGGAUGGGACUCCCCACUCUGGAGUUCAGUGACUCCUUCGUGGACAGUCCGGACUUCAGGGAGAGACUCAAGUGUCAUGAGAUCGAGCUGGAGAGGACCAACAAGUUCAUCAAGGACCUGAUCAAGGAUGGGAACAUGCUCAUCACCGCGCUCAAGAAUCUUUCUGUUGCCGUGCAGAAGUUCUCCCAGUCCCUGCAGGAGUUCCAGUUCGAGUGCAUUGGUGAUGCAGAGACAGACGACGAGGUGAACAUUGCACAGUCAUUCAAAGAGUUCUCGCAGCUGCUGAACACUGUUGAAGAAGAAAGACGACGCCUGAUUCAGAACGCAGACGAUGUUUUGAUUACGCCGCUGGAGAAAUUUCGGAAGGAGCAAAUCGGCGCCGCAAAGGAGGGGAAGAAGAAGUUCGAUAAGGAAACAGAGAAGUACUAUUCCACGCUGGAGAGGCACCUGGGCCUGUCGUCUAAAAAGAAGGAGGCGUAUCUGAACGAGGCCGACACACAGAUCGACAAGGAGAGGCAACUCUUCUACGACGCCUCACUCGAGUACGUCUUCAAAAUACAAGAAGUGCAGGAGAAGAAGAAGUUUGAGUUCGUGGAGCCGCUCCUGGCCUUUCUUCAGGGUCUGUUCACGUUCUACCACGAAGGAUACGAGCUGGCUCACGAGUUCGAGCCGUACAAGCAGCAGCUCCAGUUCAACCUGCAGAACACACGAAACAACUUUGUGAGCACCAAGCAGGAAGUGGAGAAGCUGAUGAAGAGGAUCAGGACGGCGGACCAGGAGUACAAACCCCUGGGCCAGUGGGCGAUGGAGGGCUUCCUGUACGUCCAGGAGAAACGUCCUCUGGGAUGCACGUGGAUCCGUCACUACUGCACGUACGAGAAAGGCAGCAACACCUUCGCCAUGAGCAACGCGGACAUCAAGUCGGCCGGGAAGCAGAACGGCCUUGUCCUGAGCCAGCCGGAGAUGUUCAAGCUCCGAUCCUGCAUCCGAAGGAAAACCGAUUCCAUCGACAAGCGAUUCUGCUUCGACAUCGAAGUGGUGGAGAGGCAUGGCGUCAUGACCCUGCAGGCGCCGUCAGAGGCCAACCGGAGAUCCUGGCUGGAGGCCAUGGACGGCAAGGAGCCGAUUUACAACCUGCCGGCCAUUCUGAGCAAAAGAGAAGAGACGUUUCUUAAUGAGGCGGGAUUUAACUUCGUACGCAGAUGCAUCGACCUGGUGGAGACGAGAGGCAUAAACACGCUGGGGCUGUACAGAAUCGGAGGGGUCAACUCCAAAGUCCAGAGGCUGAUGACUACAGUCUUUUCCUCCAAGGCACCUGCGGAUAUGGACCUGGACCCGGAGACGUGGGACAACAAAACCAUCACCAGCGGCCUGAAGAAUUACCUCAGGUGUCUCUCCGAGCCUCUGAUGACCUUCAGGCUCCACAAGGAUUUCCUCCUGGCCGUCAAGUCGGAUGAUCAGAACUACCGGGUGUGUGCCGUCCACGCCUUGGUGCACAAGCUGCCCGAGAGGAACAAGGAGAUGCUGGAGCUGCUGUUGAAACAUCUCGUCACCGUUUCCACACAAAACCAGUGCAACCUGAUGACAGUGUCCAACCUGGGGGUCGUCUUCGGCCCCACCCUGAUGCGCGCCCAGGAGGAGACUGUGGCCGCCAUGAUGAACAUCAAGUUCCAGAACAUUGUGGUGGAAAUACUCAUUGAGAACUUCAACAAAAUCUUCCACCAGCCUCCGGACCCCAACGUGCCCCUGCCGCAACCACAGAGCCGGCCGGGCUCUCGCCGGAGCCGAGCCAUCUGCCUGACCACGGGCCCCCGGAAGCCGCGGAGCCUCUACACCCCAACGCUUUGUCUGGCAGACGCAGAAAGUGACGCUCUGAGCAGCAGCCCGGGCAGCACCCCCAUGGGCAGCAUGGAGUCCCUGUCCUCCCACUCCUCCGAGCAGAACGCCUCCUCCAAAACCGCCUCCUCCUCCUACGCCCAGGUGAAGGAGAAGUCGCAGCUUGACCUCCGCCGGGCGCCGUCGCAGCUCUCCCUCGGCCCCAGGAGUGCCGGGGGGGUCAGCAGCCCGGAGUCCAGCUCCAGGGAGGAGGCGGGCCGGACGGACGGCGAGUCGGAGGACGCCCUCAGCCUGUCCUCCGUCAGCACUGCACCCUGGCUGUCUCCCGCACCCAAAAAAGCUCCACACGUCCGGCCCGACCUGCGGCCGCCGCUGCUGCCGAGCCGCUCGCCUGCUCCCUCCCUGAAAUCACUGCAUAUAUCUGAAGGCCUCAGGAGCUGCUCUGGAUCCGUCCAGAGUCUGUCACCACCGCUGGAGCCCAGGGAGAGCCUGAAGCCUGCGGGGGGGCACCCGGACCUGCCGCCCAAACAAGUCCUCCGCCGCCGGCUGGACACGACCGUGGGCAACGGAUACCAACGACCUGGCUCAGUGGUUGCUGCCAGAGCAAUGCUGUUUGAAAACAACCCGUCCCAGUCAGUGCCAGUCGGAAGAGAUGCCAAGGCGAUGUACUCCUGUGAGGCGGAGCACAGCCACGAGCUCAGCUUCCCCCAGGGGGCGCACUUCACAAACGUUUAUCCCUCUGUUGAACCCGGCUGGCUCCAAGCAACAUACGAGGGAAGAACCGGUUUAAUCCCCGAGAAUUAUGUCGUCUUCCUCUAACAGGUGGUGAACGCUGCAUCUUUUUUCCUGGUAUCCAUGGAAGAAAAAAAAAGAAAUACAAGAUGUUUGUGGCUCGUUGUCGUGUGGCCAAUUAUCGCUGGCAACCAACAUUUCUGCAUUUUAAGUAUUCUUCAAGUAGAGCAGUAAUUGUUUUAACAUGUGUUUGUGUCUUUGUUCAAGAGCGUGGUGUUUCAGUUUGAGGACAGGAUUUUUUUUUUAUUUCACAUUAAGAUUUUGUAACUCGAAUACAGCUGCUUGUGCUCAAAUUAGAAUAUCUUAGAGUUAAGUAAAGAUAGUUGCUCUUCCACUCGUGCUAGCGCUGCUUCUGAAACGUCUGCUCUCGGAUUUUUUCUCAGUUUUCUUCGUGCAACAAAUCCAUCAAAAAUUCUCUCAACCAAUAGAAUUCAAGGUGUAGUUGCCCCGUUGGUGCUGUUUUCAAAAAACAAGAAGCAGGACGGCGCCUAUUGUGUUCUUAUAGCUGCUGUCAACAGUGUUCCCGUCACUAGUAAAUUAUCGGGAACACUGUGUGCAUGACUCCGGUUACAGUAACCACGCGUACGUACAAGACUCUAACAGAAGUGAAGCCAGAACACCCACAACGAUGGCGUGACAAUUUUGUUUGUUCCAAGAACUGAAGCUAAAGCGCAGGAAAUCUGCCCAAGCAUCAAAAUAUCAAUUAAAAAUAUAAUUUGAGCACAAGCGGGGGCUGUUUGAGUGCAAGCGCAUCUGUAAGUUCGGCUCUCAAACUUAAACACAACCUUGUAUUAACGGUCCUAAAAUUUCAAAGUCCAAAGUGUACCUCCAUUUUCUAUAACGACUCCAUUGUUACAUGUUUAAAUGCUCAGAAAAAAAAUAAGUACGACAUUAUUGAUGGAUGUAAAUGUUUGUAUAUGUAAUGACCCGUCGACUGCACUGAUGUGUUUUUUUAGUCCUUAAAGAUUCACAAACACAAUCACAACAUCAAUUUCACAAGUUUUAUUCUCAGAAAUAUGUAAUAAUAAUAUAUCUAGAAACUUCCCGUAAUAUCAACAUAAAUGUUCAGCAAGUGCUUCAUGAAAAUCUGCACAGGCUCAUAAACAUUCGUCUGUAUUAACUGUAAUUCAACAAACUGUGAUUUUUUUUUUUCUUUUAAAGUAAGGAUAUUAAUCUAGUCUAUGAGUAAAAGCAAUAAUGGGGGGGGGGUUGCACCUUAACUGUCAUGUUUAUGGCCUGUGAUGGAUGUUGGACCACUGAACCUGCUCACUGCUGCCGUGCACUUUCUGGUUAGCUACACAGCACUGUACUGUACAUUGAAGCUCAUACGUUAACCUGUAGUCGCUAAUCAAAACGAUAUUAACCUCCUGUAGCUGUUUAUUCAUAUAAAUUAUCACGUCAAAUAUAAAAAAAAGUGUUUUUAUAACGUCACAAAUGCUUCGAUCAUGAGGUGGAACCUUCAGCUCUGAUGCUUGUUGUGGUACUUUUUACUCACUGGUACACUGGUGUACUAGCAAUGACAAAGUAUUCGAUUGUGUUGUGUUAUAGAUGCCAUUCGAUAUUUAAUAUUUCUGCCACUGUGGAAACAUUUUCAAAGUAGAAAGUUAUCAACAAUAAAUCCUUUUUCCUCUUCAGUCAUUACAAACUAUUGCUCCAAAAAUAAACUUUCUCUGGCGGCCAUACAUGUAUUUCUGAAGGUAUUUGGGAAUCUCACACUUGCCAAGAUCCCGGAGUUCUUUUCCAUUUGCACCUUUUAAGAAAGCGAAGUGACCUUGAAGGGUCAUGAGGGAACGACACUCCCAUACCGUCUGAAUUCAGAUGUCGGAAAUUACGUCAGUAUCCUGAAUAUGAAAUCACUUGGCAUCGUUGUUUUUAUUUCUUUUCUAUACUGGCGAGCUUGUUCCCUUGCAAUCAUAAACUGUGUCUUCACGGUGCCUGAACAUGUCUAUAAAUAAAUAGCGUGAUUCAUU